AUGGCUUCUGUGGUGACAGAGCUGACGGGGGUUAAACUCGGUUUUGUGGACCAAUGCGAGCCAGAGCUCCUGACUUCGCCCUUCUUUCCCAGCAAAGUCGGGGGACGUCCGGCUUGGCUAUCCUACGAGUCGAUCCCCGCGCCCACGUGCGCCUCUUGCAGCGAGCCCCUGGUUUUUCUUUUACAGUGGUACGCAGAGUGCGUCCCAGAUCUGGAUUGCAAGGACGCAACCUUCAAAGUCGCCCCGACCGCCCAUCUAUGCGCCGUGUGUGGUGCUGCGGGCGCCAAGCAGUGCUCAAAGUGCAAGGCAGCCCGUUAUUGUCAUCGCACUCAUCAGGCCUGGCACUGGAAGAAUGGUCACAAGGCUCAAUGUGGCGCUGAUGUUGGAGGCUCUGAGAUUGAGGCCGGCGCCGUUGCCAGUCCCUGGUGCCUGCCAGAGCUUGAGCUCAUUUUGGAUGAGGAAGAGCUUCCUUCUGCGAUUGAAGCUUCACAGGACGAUCGCAUGGAACGGUUUGAAGCAGCUGCAGAAGAGCUCGGCGUGGACACAACACCAGAUGCCUCCAUCAACGACAUUGAGCGCGAUCUAAACAAGGUGUGCGAGCGUGGGAGUGAAAGUGUGCACGUGCUUCUGUGUGUGUGUGUGUGUGUGUGUGUGUGUGUGUGUGUGUGUGUGUGUGUGUGUGUGUGUGUGUGUGUGUGUGUGUGUGUGUGUGUGUGUGUGUGUGUGUGUGUGUGUGUGUGUGUGUGUGUGCGUGUGUGUGUGUGUGUGUGUGGAGCUUGGGGGGGUGUCGGCCUGGACUCGGAUAUGAACGCCUUCAAGCGGCGUACAAAGAUUGAGCCUGGUCAGGUCGUACGCCUGCAUGAGGAGGGCGUGGAGGAGAGCCCGCUUUGGAUUGGUCGGCGCCAACCCGUCAAGGGCGAGGACGAGGGUGCUGAGCUCGGUGAACUAGACUUUGGUGUUUUGGCUCUUUACACAUGUACUGCCAACUGUGACCCUGACACGCCCUAUCAACGGCAACAACUCUUCCACAACCCGGUCAACCCCAAGAAGGAGAUUACUCUCAUGCAUCCGGAAGAUUAA